AUGACAGCCUUCAACAUCAAAGUUGUCUCCGACACUGUGUGCCCGUGGUGCUUUGUUGGCCACCGACAACUGGAGCAAGCCAUCAAGCUCUGGCACAAGAAGCACCCGGAUUCCAAGGACACCUUCAAUGUCGAAUUUUUUCCCUACCAACUCAUGCCGGAGUUUCCGCGAGGAUCCGGCCAGAGCACGGACAAGGAGACACUUUACAACGCGAAAUUUGGCGCCGUGCAAAGACAGCAAAUCAGCCAGAGGCUCACAGCUAUCGGCGCACCUCUCGGCAUCAACUUUCGCUGGGGCGGCAACGUCGGCAACACGCGCGACUCUCAUCGAUUGAUUGAAUUGGCCAAAAAACAUGGCAGCAAAGUUCAGCAAAAAACCGUUGACGGUAUUUUCUCGGCCUACUUUGAGAAAGAGCAGGACAUCACUAUGCACGAGGUCCUCGGUGAGAUUGCCAAGUCGGCAGGCAUUCCGGAAGGUGAUUUCAGAAAGGCCAUUGUGGAAAGUGACGAGUAUGGUGCCCAAAUCGACAAAUCUGUUGCGGAGGCGAGGGCAAAUAGCGUCCAGGGCGUUCCUGACUUUACUAUCCAGGACAAGUUCAAGUUGUCUGGGGCGAGAGACGCAGAGGCCUUUAUUUCGCUGCUGGAAAGAGUCAAGCAAAUGAAUUAA